AUGGAUCCAGCAAAAUCCCCCAAAGCCCCCAUAAAGGCAGAAGACAUGGAACAAGCUUCGGAGCGCAUGCGCGAAAUCUUCAAUGGCGCGAACCCAGACGAACACCUGGACCGCUGGAAUUCCGUCUGGGAAAAAGCCGAUUGCCUCCCCUUUGAUCGCGCCUCCUGCAACCCGGCCAUCAUUGAUCUCCUGCUCCACCGCGACCGUCCGUGUGCCUCACCCGAUCCAAACCCGACGCCGAGUGCCCCGUCGCCAAACUCGACGUCGCUGGGAUAUUCGGCAUUGCCACCGCCGAUCAGGGAGGAUGGAAAGCGGCGCCGUGCUUUGGUGCCGGCAUGUGGGAGGGGCUACGAUGUUGCACUCUUUGCGGCGCAUGGAUACGAUGCCUAUGGGCUGGAGGUAAGUCGCCAUGCGGCGGAUGCGGCGAGGAAGUGGUUGGAGAAUCCAGGGGAGGGGCCUCUGGAGGGAGAGUACAGGAUUGCGCAACAAGAGGGAAAAAUCAAGGGCGGUGGGUGGGGAAAGAUGACUGUGCUUUGUGGUGACUUCUUUGAUGAAGAGUGGACCAAGGAGGUCGAUGGCUGGGAAGAGGAUGGUGGUGGCUUCGAUGUGAUUAUGGAUUAUACGUUCCUGUGUGUGCUUCCCUUUGAACUGAAGCCAAAGUGGGCCAAACACCAAUCCAGUCUGCUGCGUCGACACGACACCAAAGCCGACCCGAACUCUGAGACGAGACCCAACGAUGGUAUGCUCAUCUGUAUCGAAUUUCCUACAAGCAAACCUUUGGCCCAGGGUGGCCCGCCGUGGGCACUGCCUCCUAUAACCUAUGUUGAGCUGUUGAAGCGGCCGGGUGAGGAUAUUACGUAUAAUGAGAAUGGGGAGGUUGUUGCGACGGACAGGCCGGAGGCAGAUGAUGCUUUGGUUAAGAUUGCACAUUACACCCCGAGAAGGACACAUGAAGUUGCCAAGGUAGACGGCGUGGUCAGAGACUGCGUUAGUAUCUGGAGGCCGAAGAGCGAUGUAGCGGAGCGCCAACGGUGGCAUUAG